UUCAGCUGCUGUUCUGACAGGGAAAACAGGCUGAAGUGUACCUGUUAAAAACUCCUGGGGGGUUCACUAAAUGAAGUGAAAUGCUUUGCUCACACAUGAAACUAGUAAUCCUCAUCUCAGAAGUUGACAGACUUAAUCUAACUGCAAAGGAAUUUCAAGUAAGGAGCAGGGUUUUGAAAUCAUAAUUGUUCAAGUUGAGAAGAAAAGUCGGUGACAUGUCAAGUGGCGUUGAUUUGUUUUGCUGUAAAAUGAACCCACACCUCGCUUCAUUAUCUUGCGUCAUCUGGAAACUGAAGAGAAGAGGUUUAAUCAGAACAUGGUAUUUUCUCCCGUGUGACAACGGACGGGUAGCUCCAACCCAACUUUGAGGUCAAACUUUAAAAACAAAACUGAUUUGUAGAUUCAGCUGUUAAGUUGUGAAGUCCUUCUCCGAGGUGCAUGCAGGUACGCUACUAUCAUUUUUAACACCAGGGUUUGUGUCUGACCUCUUUUUCAGAUGCUGCAACCCACUUACUGUAGAUUGACGAUUGAUUUUCUAAAUUACUCACUUACAAAGCUUGGUUGUAGUUUCUCACAGCAAACAUGGAAAAGAUAAAGCAAUGAAUUUUGUCCUUCUGCAAAAGAGUACAACUUUCUUUAGUGUCUAAGCAGAUAAAUUGUCCCAUCUAGUGGUGAGCUGGGAAACUAAAUGAUUCAUGAACAAAAGGUUUAGUUGCUGUCUGAUGUAUUCUGAUGCAAAUGCUUUUUCAUCUCUGAAAUACUUAUAUUGAAGCACACAGUUCACUGUAAUGGAGUCACAGAUCAGAUCUAUUGCUCCUUUGUAACAGAUUUUGACCUAAAACCUGAAUCAAUUUAAGAUGUCUCCUCAGGUAAGUCUUCUCAUACUUUUCACACAAGCAUUUUGUACUGGCUUCUCCUCACUACCGCUUCUACUGACUCUACCUGUUUACUGCACCAUAACACAUAACCUUUAUUGUGCCAUGUAAUAUUAGCCAAGCAGCCUGUGACAGAUUUACAAUGUCUGUAUGCACAGUCACCUCGGGCCUGCACACUGCAACACUUUCAUACCUCAGGAGAUGUGUCUGUGUCCUCCAAGUCUCAUAACUUAUUCAAGUUCUAUUCAAGUCAUUAUAAAAGCCUUGUAAUACACCGGUCAGUGUACUGAAUAGCAUAUUUGGCUUUUAAAAAGCAAAUAUACUGUACAGAACAUUUGAAUGUCUGAUAUGCUCGAUAUUAAGUCAUAUAAUAUAUGUCAUAUCCAUAACAUUGCAGGAUUUUGCUGCAUACACUUGAAGAAGUCAAAAAGAUUGUGGUAUAGUUGUCGAUAUUUUCUGCACCAAUGAAACCAUCUGUUUCUAAUUGUCCUGGUUAUUUAUCAUAGUAAUGCCUCUUAGUUUGAUUUUCGUUUUACAUUUCGGAGAAAACAAGCCUGUGCCAGUAAUCCAGAUGCCGGCUUCCCAUGCUGUUAUGCAAGCGUUUAAUUUUAAUUCCAGGUUCCAGGGAAAAGAUGUUGCCAUGGAAAGGAAUAAAGCAGAAGCAUCAAUCAACAUGAUCCCCAUUGUGCUGGUCUCCGUGCUCAUUGCUGGCGCCCUUGGGUGUGGCACCCCACCCAUUGAGCCCCUGACUUCCCGUGUGGUCAAUGGAGUAGAUGCCAAACCCCACAGCUGGCCCUGGCAGAUCUCUCUGCAGUAUGAGAGGGACGGUGAGUGGAGGCACACUUGUGGGGGAUCGCUGAUUGCUGCCAACUGGGUCAUGACUGCUGCUCACUGCAUCAACACCAAGCUCUCCUACAGGGUGUUUGUGGGCAAAUACAACCUGGUCGAGGAGGAGGCUGGCUCCAAGGCCAUCCUGCCUGAGAAGAUCAUUGUCCAUGAGAAAUGGAACCCCAUCUUUGUAGCCUUCGGUAACGACAUUGCCAUGAUCAAGCUGUCAGAGUCUGUGACUUUGAGUGAUCAGGUGCAGUUGACAUGUAUCCCUCCUGCCGGCACUUUGCUGUCCAACCUCUACCCCUGCUACAUCACCGGAUGGGGCAGGCUGUACACUGGAGGCCCCAUAGCUGAUAAGCUGCAGCAGGCUUUGAUGCCUGUGGCUGACCAUGCCACCUGCUCCCAGCCUGACUGGUGGGGUAUCGCUGUCAGGACCACCAUGGUUUGUGCCGGUGGGGAUGGAAUCGUGGCUGGAUGCAACGGUGACUCCGGUGGCCCUCUUAACUGUAAGAAUGCACAGGGUGCCUGGGAGGUCCACGGCAUUGCCAGCUUCGUCUCUGGCCUCGGCUGCAACUAUGAGAAGAAACCCACUGUCUUUACUCGUGUCUCCGCUUUCAACGACUGGAUCGAUCAGGUUAUGAUGUACAACUAAAGAAGAUGAAUUGUCAAUAAAAAAGACUGAGAAAACUUCAUUU